CAACCCCGCCUCAAAGGGCAGAAAUCAUAUGCCCUACACUCCCCUUAAAAUCCUGUAAUAAUCCCACAAGCCAGCUAAUCAGAAUACUACUACUUCGCUUAUCCAGCAACGUGAACCUACUGGUGACAGCACGCCGCCAUGGCAACAACAGUACACACAGUUCCGCGGCUCCCCGCGUCCGCGCGCAGGCGCAGAAAAUAAACGGGGGCAGUGCAUUUUGGGAGCAGCAGAAAGAGCAAGGGAAGUGUUUCUGGGAGUUGUAGGCCAAGCGGGACCUCAGAGCCACGGGCGCAGAAAGCAAAAGGGGCAGUGCAUUUUGGGGGCGGCAGAAAGAACAAUGCAAAUGUUUCUCGGAGUUGUAAGCUAAGCGGAACCCCGGAGCCAUUGGCACAUCCAGCGGAGCUGCCGCAUGGGAUUCUGGGAGCUGUAGGCAAGGAAGUCCCAAGACAUCGUGGGAGUGGUAGUCUCGGAGUAGUCACUUCCGUGCCAGGCUUCCGCGUGGUGGGCUGUGUGGACGUUCCAGCACUGCGUUCUGCCCGGAUACUUACUGAGUACCGACUCUGCGCAAGUUCCAGGGUGGGCAGCAGGCCAAUCCUGCCCCUGCCUUGAAGAAGCAGAAAGACAGACCUGUCACCAGUGACAGUGCAACCCCAGCUGGUCUCCCGAGAGGUGUGAUCCAGGCUACCUGUGUGUUCCCUGGAGAAGGAGAAGACGACGCCUCCCGCAAUGCCCGCCCCACCGUGUACCUCCUGCCACGCGGCACGCGCUGCCCUCCGCCGUCCGCGCUCGGGCCAAGCGCUGUGCGGUGCCUGCUUCUGCACCGCCUUUGAGGCCGAGGUGCUGCACACAGUGCUCACAGGCCGCCUGCUGCCGCCUGGCGCAGUGGUGGCUGUUGGCGCCUCGGGCGGCAAGGACUCCACGGUGCUGGCGCAUGUGCUGCGCGAGCUGGUGCCACGCCUGGGCAUCUCAUUGCAGCUCGUGGCCGUUGACGAGGGCAUCGGCGGCUACCGGGACGCGGCACUGGCGGCCGUGCGGCGCCAGGCGGCGCGCUGGGAGCUACCACUUACCGUCGUGGCCUACGAAGACCUCUUCGGGGGCUGGACAAUGGAUGCGGUGGCCCGCAGCACAGCUGGCUCUGGCCGCAGCCGCUCCUGCUGCACCUUCUGCGGGGUGCUGCGUCGCCGGGCGCUGGAGGAAGGGGCACGCCGCGUGGGAGCCACGCACAUCGUGACGGGUCACAACGCAGACGACAUGGCGGAGACUGUGCUCAUGAACUUCCUGCGGGGCGACGCCGGGCGGCUGGCCCGGGGCGGGGGCCUGGGCUCUCCGGGCGAGGGGGGCGCCCUGCCGCGCUGCCGCCCGCUGCAGUUCGCCUCGCAGAAGGAGGUGGUGCUGUACGCGCACUUCCGCCGCCUGGACUACUUCUCCGAGGAGUGCGUCUACGCGCCCGAGGCCUUCCGCGGCCACGCCCGGGACCUGCUCAAGCGCCUGGAGGCGGCGCGGCCGUCGGCGGUGCUGGACCUCGUGCACUCCGCCGAGCGCCUGGCGCUGGCCGCGUCCGCUCGCCCCCCGCGCCCCGGCUCCUGCUCCCGCUGCGGGGCUCUGGCCAGCCGCGCGCUCUGCCAGGCCUGCGCGCUCCUGGACGGCCUGAACCGCGGCCGGCCCCGCCUGGCCAUCGGCAAGGGCCGCCGGGGGCUGGACGAGGAGGCGACGCCGGGGACGCCCCGGGAUCCGGCCCAGACCCCCACCCCCAAGGCCGUCCCCACCUUCUAGCGACUCCGGGCCUCCCGCCGGGAUCUGACGUCCCCCAGGGUGGGGACUGCCUGUAAAUGACACUGUGAAUAAACCCCCCGUUACCUUG